AUGGCUUCAACAAGUAGCAAGAUCGGGAGGGGCAUGGCAAAAGGCCUUGGAAUCAAGCUCGAGGAUGCUGGGACAGCGAAAGGAGACAAAGUCACUCGAGGCGAAUCCGUCUUCUCCGUGUCAAGCGCGGACACCUAUGUCGAGGAGGAGCCUACUGUCGCCGAGUGGUUUUCUGAACUCGCCCCUUCUCGUAAAGACGUCUUCCGGUACUUCAAGAAUUUGUUCCCAUUCCUUCACUGGAUUACAAGGUACAAUUCCGUCUGGCUGUCUGGAGAUCUAGUUGCUGGCAUAACUGUCGGCGCGGUUGUUGUUCCUCAAGGCAUGGCUUAUGCUAGGCUUGCUGAAGUACCUGUCGAAUUCGGCCUGUACUCGUCCUUUAUGGGCGUUUUGAUCUACUGGUUUUUCGCUACUUCCAAAGACAUCACUAUCGGCCCUGUUGCUGUCAUGUCCACCAUCGUCGGAAAUAUUGUUUUAAGAUCACAGGAGACGCUGCCGGACGUAGAGGGAUACGUAAUCGCCUCUGCACUUGCUGUAGUAUCCGGCGGCAUUGUCCUCGCACUCGGGCUUGCUCGACUUGGCUGGCUCGUGGAGUUCAUCUCGCUGACCGCAAUAUCUGCGUUCAUGACCGGUUCCGCGAUAAGCAUUGCAGCUGGCCAGGUUCCAGCGUUGAUGGGCUUCAGCUCAUUGGUCAACAAUCGGCAGUCUCCCUACUUGGUCAUCAUCCAGAGUUUUAAGCAUCUACCAGAUACGAAGAUGGACGCGGCCAUCGGAUUGACGGCCCUGACAAUGCUUUACCUUAUUCGUAUAAUCUGCUCCCAGAUGGCGAAGCGCAACCCUCACCAGAAGAAGUCGUGGUUUUUCGUUUCGACGCUGAGGACCGCUUUUGUGAUUCUGUUGUACACCAUGAUAAGCUGGCUUGCCAAUAGGAAUCGCCGUAGCAAUCCUCUCUUUAGGAUCGUUGGGCGUGUUCCGAGAGGCUUCCAGCAUGCCCAGGUGCCACAGGUGACGUCCAGCAUUGUCGGUGCAUUUGCCAGCGAACUGCCGGCAACUGUGAUUGUCCUCCUCAUUGAGCAUAUCUCGAUUUCAAAAUCCUUUGGCCGAAUCAACAACUACACCAUCGAUCCGUCCCAGGAACUGGUGGCCAUUGGUGUCACGAACCUGCUUGGCCCAUUCCUUGGGGGUUAUCCAGCGACCGGCUCCUUCUCCCGGACUGCUAUCAAGUCUAAGGCUGGUGUACGGACACCAUUCGCAGGUGUUAUCACCGCUAUUGUGGUUCUUCUGGCCAUCUACGCGCUUCCAGCGGUAUUCUUCUACAUUCCAAAUGCCGGGCUUUCGGGCGUUAUCAUUCAUGCCGUCGGAGAUCUAAUCACACCGCCGAACACCAUCUAUCACUUCUGGCGGAUCUCACCUUUGGAAGUGCCAAUCUUCUUCGCUGGUGUCUUCGUGACGGUGUUCACCAACAUCGAGAAUGGCAUCUAUACAACUAUUACAAUCUCAGCUGCGCUGUUGCUUUACCGAGUCUUCAAAGCUCGCGGCCGCUUCCUCGGAAGAGUCAAGGUUCACUCAGUCAUUGGCGAUCACCUCUUGGACAAGGACAACGACGAGCCCAAAGCCGACAAAGACGCGCGACCAGCGAAGCCUCGGGCCGGCGGUAAAGAGGACAGUAUUGUUUCUACCCGAAAUAUCUUCCUCCCCAUCGACCAUCACGAUGGAUCAAACCCCCAGAUUGAGCUCAAUGCACCAUACCCCGGCAUCUUCAUCUACCGCUUCUCAGAAGGCUAUAACUACCCUAACGCCAACCACUACCUCGACUACAUGACAACAGUCAUCAUGAAGCACACUCGUCGCACCAACCCGCACUCAUACGGCAAACUCGGCGACCGUCCCUGGAACGAUCCCGGCCCUCGCCGCGGCAAGCAACUCGAAAUCGACACCCACCUCCCAACCCUCAAAGCCAUCAUCCUAGACUUCUCCUCCGUCAACAACGUCGACAUCACCUCAGUACAGCACAUGAUCGACGUGCGCAACCAGCUGGACCGGUACACGAGCCCCGAGACCGUCGAGUGGCACUUCGCAUGCAUCAACAACCGGUGGACCAAGCGCGCGCUCGCCGCCGCCGGCUUCGGCCUUCCGAACCCGGAAUUCACCGCGGGAGAGGCGACGCAGCGCUGGAAGCCCAUCUUCAGCGUUGCCGAGAUCGGUGGGAGCGACUCCGCGGCGCACGCGGCGGAGUAUGAAGAGGACCGCGAGAACCUAAGGAGGAUACAUACCAAUGUUGCGCCGCAGUACACCGAUGCGGAUGACAUUGAGACGGGCAAUCGGCACGGCCAAAAGGGUGUCGAUGAUGAGCAGGACUCGCUGGAUAAGGCGCUCAGUCAGACGAAGGCAUAUGGCAAGGAGGAGGGCGCGAGGAUCGCGGUUAUACAUGGCCUUAAUAGGCCGCUGUUCCAUAUUGACCUUACCAGUGCGGUGCAAGCGGCGAUUGCGAACGUGGAGGCGAGGGAGAAGUUUGUGCCGGUGGUGGAGCAGGUGGAGGGGCCGGACCCGGCGGCGCCGUAG